CAACUGUCCAUGCCACGAGAACAUGACUAUAGACCUCUACUACCCUACUAUUUUUACUACCAAUUCUUGGGGCACAUUUGUAUCCGUCCCGUCCUUGACUAUCUACAAGAGGAUUGCACUACAAUGGAGCAAAUUUGCAAGAAGAUGCAAGGUGGGUGGAACGUGUAAUAUUGUAAAUGUGAUUUCGACCGAAAAUUACAAUGGACAGUGGCGCAUACUCGAGGCUUGGAAGGUGCUGCAUGAAGUUUUACUGGAACGUACAAAUGUGGAUAAUAUUAAUAAGAGA